AUGUAUAUGAGAUAUCACUACGAACCUAAAUCUCAUAUCAAGAAUUCUGAUUGUAAAUUGAAUGUUCAUCAUUCACAUACUACAAGCUUACCACUAUUACUUCCAUAACAACUUAGUCCAGUCAAAGAGAAAUCUCCUUAAUUAAGUAAAAUGGGAGAACAAAUUCUAAAGCAAUGGGGAUUUUUUCCUGACAUUUCACGUACAUCAAGAAAGGAAAUCUAUACAGAACAUAUAAAAACAGAAAAAAAGUCUAAAGAUAAAUUUGAUGAUCUUUUAUAUAAUCUAAAUACUGAGAGAGCAAACUAUCAAAAGAAUGAUUAUUUCCAGAAUGAUUUUAAUCUAAAAAAAUCUGUUCAUUUCAACAAUGUAGUUACAGUUAAGGACAUUGAUGGUCAAGUUUCCUAAAAAGAAAUCAAGUUAUUUUCAAGAAAUAAGAGAAGACAAAGAACCAAACUCGAAAAUUUGACUGCUAUUAGUUGA